UUGGUUGUCGUCAGAGGCCAUACAGUAGAACUACUGUUUACAUUUGCCUAGCAACCAGUUCCGGGUUUCUGGGAUCACGCUACCUUCUCCGGCGGAGUUUGCUUGUCAUUUACUUGUGCCCAAUACAGUCAGAAACAUGUAUCACAGUUUGCCGAAACCGUACUAUUCGACUCCCACUCACAAUUACUUCUCUGGCGAUAUAAAGUCACGGGUGUGGACGAGUCCACGCUACUACGUUCCGUCGGAGAGAGACUGGAUCUGUUACCAUGACUACAGGAGUCUUCCCAGCUUAACGAAACGGGAUGCCAUCGACUUCCAGUCUGAGGAUGACUGGGUGAGCUUUAUGCGCAAGAGAGACACGCCUAUAGGACUUUACCACAAGGACAUUGGCAUCAAGCCAUGUGGAAUCCCAGCUCUCAGACUGUCCGGAUACACGCGCAAUCUGCCAGGCAUGCCCCCGAGGAAGAUUUUUGAGAAUCCGUGGCCAAGACAGGACGCCUGGGUCCCACCCGUGAGGGCUCCCCGUGGGGAAUACUAUGGUUACUACCAUGAGGCCAUCGAGAAUGAACGGCUGUGCAGAAAGAAAGGCUAUCCGACCAGUAUGCGGAUUGAGCCCCAUGAUGUUCCCAAAUUUCUUCACUAUUCAACAGCAGGUGUCACAGAAAACUAAGUGGAAAACACGAGGAAGAAAACAAGAACACUUUCAUGCAAUUAAUGCAUACAACUUGCCAGGGAGAAAACAAAUUAUAAAAAGUUUCACUAAUGAUGACCUCUAAAAGAUAUGAGGCUGUUUAAGACAGGUUCGUCUGUAAUGAAUUGAUUAUUUGAGAGAAAGGUAAGCUGGCUGCAUAACACAGGUAGUUUCCGGAGCAGGAUUGAGUGAUUUCUUUGUGAGUACAUUGGAACUGAUUGCUCAGCUUACCUUUAUCGGUUGGGAGAACUCAGAAGAAUUACCAAAAGCAUUCAAUUUUAAUGAUGUAAUAUUAUCAACAAUCCCUCCACCCAAACCCACAGUCCCAUUCCACAAGUUGCUUGUACAAAUAUUUUUUAUAUUCGAUACAAUUAUUUUAUAAAAUUUGAGCUGACUGGUUUCUUUGCUUAGCUUAUUGGUACCUUAGAGAAAUUAAAAUAAUGAUACAUCUUCCCAAUUCCUUGAUUUAAUUUGACAUCUAUUUCUUUACUAAUAUUGUUAGACUGGAACAGACUGGUCAGAUGUUAGCAGACCGAAGAGUCUUCCACAUACUCGGCCAUCACAGUUUUUUCCACUUGGAAUGUACAUUGAUAAUCUUAAACAAGUGGUCACUAGCUACCAUUUAUCUUAAGAGUUGUUUCAAAAUAUUUCAAGAACAAAUAAGCUGGAUACAUUUUAAACAAUCAGUUUCAGAUAAAUGAGUGUAAUAUUCUGUUUGUUAGAUAUUCUCAAAAAACUGCAUUAAAUUUUUUUAAAUCUUUUCCAAAAGAAACUUUUUACAGCACUUGUGCUUGCAGUUAACUAAUAUACAUCACAGAGAAAUUUGUCAGUUUCAGGUUAACUAAUACAUGUACAUAUCAAAGAGCAAUCUGUUUUGAUCAUGUUUAUUUCAUUGCAUGGUGUGGCUUUAGUGUUUAGCAAUGGAUCAUCACCAUGGAGCAGCCAAGCCAAUAAGAUGUUUUAAAAUCACUUUCCCACUAGUGGGAUAUAUUACUAUGUGAUACCAAAAAUGUCUCAUUGUAUUUUCUCCAACAGGUGUGUAAGAUAUAUAUUUUCUAUAUUUUAUUAUUGUAUAAUUAUGUUAUUAAACUUGAUGGACUGGUAUGAUGGUUGAGAAGGCAGUUGUUUGGUGAGAAAUAAUUGUACAUAUAUUUCUGUAUUUAUGUUAUCAAAUGGAAGAGAUUAAUUGGUUUGUUAACCUGAAGGUUGGGAUAAAUUGGCAGGAGCCUAGCUUGGUAUUUUUAGGUAGUACGCAGACUUUUUUGGUGAUAGAAUAAAACACUAUUGGCUGUGCAUUUACAUCAUAUAUUUUAAUUUAAAAAGUAUUUGUAAUCUCAGGUUGUAUGUAGCUGCGUACCUGCGUAUAUGGAAGCUAGGCCCCUGAAUUGGGCAAGAAGAUUAACCCACUGACCUCAUCAGCAUUUGAAUUUACCAGUGUAGCCCCACUUCUCAUUCCAAGAUUUGCUUGUACAUACAUUUAUGUGUUAAUGUUAACAAACCUGAAUUGUAUGGUCGAUUAUGUCUGGCUUACAGUACACAGAAUGGUUUGGGGGUAAUUUUGUCCCCUUCUCUUUGAAAACCCCCACCACCACCCCUCAAAAAAAAAUCUUACCAUCCCUGGUUACACAUUAUUGAUAGAUUCAGUUUCCCAAUUACACAUUAUUUUUAUAUUCAAUUUCCCAAUUACACAUUUAUAUAUAUGUUAAUCCUAUAUUUGAUCAUGCAAUGCAAUAUAGAAAUGGAAAAAGUAUUACUAAUUAUUGUUGUUGUUUUUAAUGUAAAAUGAUACCUGCAGUUAAUUUAAUUAAUAUAGUUCAAGCUUGUUAUCAAUAUUUGGUUGUUGGACCUUACUGUACGUUCACAAUCAUGUUGUUUUUCUUCUUGCAGAACAAAAUAUUAUUAAAUUUGAACAUUUUGUUCUACU